AUGGCCAGUAUUGACGACCUCUUCAAGAAACCAACCCUGCCCAGCAAGCGCAAGCUCGAAGCACCGGAUCGCCUCGAUCCAACUCAGGCAUACAAAUCGGCAAAGCUCACAGCCAACGGGGAUACCAAAGGCAAACGCCAUGCCACGAUCGAAGACGAGGAUGGCGACGAUACUGAAGCUGGGCCUUCGCUCCCUCCGGAAGACGGCGAGGAAUACGGUGCCGACGACGACGAGGACGGCAGAUUCUUUGGCGGCGGCGUAGAUCAGGGCACCGCAGACGCGCUGGACUACCUCGACACACGAGACACCGAACAACCCUACGUGGCCGAGAAGAUAGACUCAGCAUGGUUGCGGAAACUGGCGCUUAAUUUCGAGAAGAGGAUAUCCAAGAACGCGGAGCUGCGCGCAAAAUACGAGGAUGAUCCGCAAAAGUUUAUGGGAUCAGAGGCGGAUCUGGAUGCAGAUGUCAAGGCAUUGUCGAUCUUGUCGGAACACCCGGAGCUGUACGAGGAGUUUGCGAGGUUGGGAUCUGUCGACUCGCUGGUCUCACUGCUGUCACAUGAGAAUACGGACAUCGCGAUAGAUGUGAUUGAGAUUAUCAGCGAGCUCACGGACGAAGAUGUCAAUGCGGAGCAAGCGCAGUGGGAUGGACUUGUGGACGCGCUCCUCAAAGCGGACCUUCUGUCUCUACUACUCUCGAAUCUUUCUCGCUUCGACGAGAGCAACGACGCGGACCGGAGCGGCGUCUACCACUCGCUCGCCGUUCUCGAGAACCUUGCAUCCCAAUCUACAACGUCCACAAAGGUUGGGCAAGAGCCUAAGCUUCUGGAAUGGCUACUGGGCCGCGCCAAAGCCAAAGAGCAACCAGUAUCUCAGAACAAACAGUACGCCGCCGAGAUCCUCGCUAUACUCCUUCAAUCCUCACCAGCCAACCGCACACGGCUUACGUCAGCCGAGUUGAACGGCGUGGAUACACUACUCCAGCUCUUAGCGCCAUACCGUAAGCGCGACCCACCGAAAGACUCGGAUGAAGAAGAGUUUGUUGAGAAUAUCUUCGAUGCCCUGACAUGCUUGGUCGACGAAGACACCGGAGCAGGCAAAGCCGCCUUUGUCGAAGCCGAAGGCGUGGAACUAGCGCUCAUAAUGCUGCGGGAAGGCAAGAUGAGCAAAACACGUGCGUUGCGCUUGCUUGAUCAUGCAUACAGUGGGCGUUUCGGUGCGGCUGUGUGUGAGAAGCUUGUUGAAGCCGCGGGUCUGAAGACGGUGUUCGGUAUGUUCAUGAAGAAGCAGGACGCUGCUGCGACGGAGCACCUGCUGGGAAUCUUCGCCUCACUGCUGCGGUCACUACCUGGCGGCAGUCCUGCGAGGAUACGGACGCUGGCAAAGUUCGUUGAGAAAGACUACGAGAAGCUGGCGAAGGCUGUGCAGCUGCGUCGUGACUAUAGCACGAAAGUUCGAGCUGUUGAUCAGCAGACCAAGGAGGAGCGUGUGUCACUGAGUCAAGAGGAGCAAGAGGACAGAGCGGACGAGUGGUUCUCCCGUCGACUCGACGCAGGGCUGUUCUGUCUGCAAACAAUUGAUGUUAUCCUGGCUUGGUUGGUUGCCGAAGAUGACGGUGCCAAGAAGAAGAUAAUGGACAUGCUCGCUGAACGAGAUGAAGGUCUGGCAGACCUCCGUUCCACGCUGCAGGAGCAAUUGGAUGGUAUCGAAGAGCCCAAAGAGAAUGAAAGGGGCGACACCGAAGAGGGUAUGCUUAAGGACAUGUUGGGUACUCUGAUUGGUUUCCUAGUUCCUUAG